AUCCGGGACCGGAAGUUUGGUCCUUCAAGGAGCCCACUCGCGCUGUAUCUUCCUUAGCAAUGCAGGAGGCAGCUGAUAGCUGACUAAAGCCGAUGAGAUACCUUUUAUAAUGGGUGUGUUUUGGGUUGAAUGUUGACAACUACCGUAAGGAUGAUGAACGAUAUUUUAGAGGAGCCCGAGAAAGACAACCUCCUGGAGGCGUUACCGAAGGCUCAAGUUUCGACGGGCCCCAGUAGCAGCACAAGACCUAAGAAUACCGAAGUAAAUAUACGGCCAAUGGAAAAAAGAGGACCCUACAUUAUGUCAAGAGCUCCAGCAAUCCAUCACAAACUCCAGAAGCACAGGGAGAUGGCAAGGAAAGCUCUGAAAAAGAAGGCUCUCUCACCAGGACCUCCAGUUUUACAUCAGCCGAGACAAAGUGGUAAGAGAAAAAUGAAGUAUAACAAAGGUUAUACUGCUUUGAGUCAGCAUGCAGAAGAGACCUUGGUUGCUCUGGAGUCUGACAGUGAUGAAGAAAUUGAUUUUGAACAUUAUUCCUCAGGAUAUUCUUCAGCUGAGGUUCACCCUGAUCUAAGUAAACAGCUGCUUAAGGAUGGUUAUAAUCUCGAUGAGAUUCCAGAUGAUGAAGAUUUGGACCUUAUCCCCCCCAAAGCCAUGGGUUCUUCUUUGUGUUGUUGUUCUGAAGGGCCGUCCUGCUCCAUGCAGUGAAGCUGGUGCUAUUGCCCGGUCUUCAUAUUUUCUGUGAGGCCCACAUUUCUAGGACCUCCAUCUCUGAAGCCAAAAUGUUUAUGAUAACAGGACUUUGUAUAACCUAGUGUAAUUGCACAAUGGACAUGGACAAGUAUAAGAGCAAGCCUUAUCCACUGUGACCCCUAUUUUUAUACAGCUGCAAAAAGUACUAACGGUGUCUUCUCAGUGUGUUUGCUUUUGGGCCCCGUUGACCAACUGAAGACUGGUUACUGUCUGUCCCUCUCCAUGAACACAUCUGCACUAUGUGUGAAAGGAACAAAUCAGAUGUGAUCCAUGUUUUAUUGAGGUUGCAGUUUUAGUUUUGUACUGACUAACCAAAGUGUUAUAUAGCAACUGCUAAUGUAAGUGUUCUGUUCAUUAAUAUCAACAAAUUGCAAUUGUUGUCACUAUACCUCACAGCACUUUUUGUUCAUCAUUUAUGCAUUAGCCAACUGUAAACUUUAAUUUUUCCAUCCAUUAGUUCUCUAAAUUUAACUACUAAAUGUACCUCUUAAGUAUGUUAUUGACAUGGCAAAUUCAUUUUUUUUUUUUUCACACAUGUAAGACCAAAAAUGUUUUUUUUUAAACCUAAUUUUAAAAAUGUUAACACGUAAAUCUUUAUAUUUAAGUAUUUAUUUAUUGUUAUUGUAGUAUGCUCUUUUGUUUUGUUUUUUUUUUUGCAGAAUGUAAAGACCACUUUUACUGGACUUUUUCUCAAAAUUGCUUUGUAUGUAUUGUUACUCCAAACCGACAAUGAAAUCAAUCACAUAGAUUGAUAGAAUAAUUAUUGUAUGAAUUAUGAUAAGUGUAUCUCUAAGAACGCCUUAAAGCUGUGUCAGAAUAAAUAAUGAUUUGUGUAAAAACAAAUGGAAAGCUACAUUUUGUGUUCAGAUGCAAAUUGAUAAGAAGUAAAGUGUUCACCCAAGUUCAGACAUUGCAUAGUGUGACUCUAAAAAACUCUUUUACACAGCUGUACUAUGCAACUACUGGGACAAUCUGUGACAAACUGUAUACACAUUGUUAUAUAAGUGUAAAAUAAAACAUUUCAAUCUG